AUGCCUGAUACUAUUCCUGCACAGGUCAUGCCUGCUGUCGGUACGACUGGAACACCCGCUGUUCAACAGCAGCAAGCUCAACCAAACAAAUGGGGAAUGUUGAAAGCAUUUGCCUUCCGUUUACUUACAGCAUACUUUGUCCUCAACUUAUUUCGUCGUCCUUCAUCUAACCAGAUGGAUCCAAGCAAAACAGUCAUCCCAGCCACAAAUCUUUAUCAAUCGGGUUCUCAGAUGGAUUUAUUUGUCUUUUUAAGCGAAGAUCCAACAUUUCAUUCUUUUAAUAGCUCUAAUGCUUUGCUUUGGUAUGAACCCAAUAUUACCUAUGGGGAUUGGAAUGGUGGACCCAGUGGAGAUGGUUCAUAUUCUAAGAUCACUGAAAUUCAAUGCAGUCAGUUCCCAAACCUUAUGUCCAAUGGUUCAUUGUAUAUACACGUGUAUUUUGUUAAACCUGGUUUUUCACCAGAUCCAAAUACGGGCAAUAACUAUUCAAUGAAGUAUACUGUAUAUAAAUCAAAAAUGUUGACACGUUACAAACGUCGUCGUCUAUCCCGUACUACAAAUCUAAUCACAGGUCACACUGAUUCUCAUCCAGAUUUAGUAGCUGAUUCAUCGACACCAUCCGAUGUACAAUAUUUACCUCCAGUCACUCAUUGGCAUCCAAAUUUAACUAUUAACUUAGUUGAUGAUCAUUCUCCGUGGGUAGAAGGUUCAGUUCCAGUUCCUUUAGAUCAAUUUAUAGAAUUUUAUUCACCGACAAAUGAGUACUAUCCGGUUGUUUACCUAAAUGAUUAUUGGAAUUUAAAUGAAGAUUAUAAACCAGUAAAUGAAACUACGCCGGUGCUACCAAUCCAUAUUACUUUAGCACCUUUAUCUUUAUUCAAAUGGCAGUUGUAUGCUGCACAAACGGCUAAGAAAACUUGGUUUAACCAGAUGAUGUCUGCUUCUAUGUUGCCAUCGGAAAAUGAAAAUGAUGAGGAACAAGACACAAUAAAGAAAGCACUGAUCGAAACAAAUCCUUUGCUUUUAGCUGUAACAGUCGUCGUGUCAAUUGUACAUAGCGUUUUUGAGUUGCUAGCAUUUAAAAAUGACAUACAAUUUUGGAAAACAAGAGAAUCAUUAGAAGGUCUCUCAGUUCGCUCUGUAUUUUUCAAUGUCUUCCAGUCAUUCAUUGUCGUGCUAUACGUACUUGAUAACGAUACCAAUUUUGUUAUAAAACUAUCAGUUGUUUUUGGACUGUUAAUUGAGAUCUGGAAAAUCAAAAAGGUUCUUUCUUUUAGAUUGGAUUAUGAUUCAUUGGUAUUCAACUUGUUUCCACGCAUUCAUGUAGAUUACCAAUCAUCCUAUGUAGAAAGUGAUACCAAAAAAUAUGAUCAGAUGGCUUUCCGGUAUUUAUCUUGGAUUUUAUUCCCAUUGCUAGCAGCUUAUUGUGGAUAUUCAUUAAUAUAUGAAGAACAUCGUGGUUGGUAUUCGUGGAUACUAUCUGUGUCCUACGGUUUCUUGUUAACAUUCGGCUUUAUCAUGAUGACUCCACAGUUGUUUAUCAAUUACAAAAUGAAAUCUGUUGCUCAUCUUCCAUGGAGAAUGUUGACAUACAAAGCACUGAAUACAUUUAUUGAUGAUUUGUUUGCGUUUGUUAUCCGUAUGCCUACUCUGUAUCGGAUCGGAUGUUUACGCGACGACGUGAUAUUUUUCAUUUACUUAUACCAACGUUGGAUAUAUCCAAUGGAUCCCAAUCGUAUUAAUGAAUUUGGAGUUAGCAAGGAGAUGUUGGACGCUCAUAUUAAGAGUGAACCGGCUCAAUCAGACCCCAAUAGCGAAACAACUGCUUUAUCGGAUCCUAAUCAGGUCACUUCCGAUGGUGAUGAUGAUAGUACAUCAUCUGUGCGUAAACGAAAAUCAGAUUCUCACAAAUAG